CCGCUUCACCGCAACCAUUUCCAGCUCUUCCUCCGCCUUCCCGCUGAACUACGUGCAAGGAUAUGGAGCUUUGCGCUCAAGCAAAGCAGCAGCUUCGUCGACCCUACGGUAUCAACGGACGGAUCAUCGAAUUUUAUAACUGCAACCCAUACGAAGCCUCUAUCGAAAUCUUCGUCUCACGGCCAUGGCUAGUGCUUUUCGUUGUUAGCCGCAAAGUCCGCUACGAAGCUGCGAAAACCAUCAACGGUACUUGAGUCCCCGUUUCAGUGAACUUUCCCGGUUCUGGAAAGCAGCCAAAGUGAUUCGAAAUAUGCAUCAACCUCAAGUCAGACAUCACCAGCCUAUCUUCGCGCUUUCUCGGCACGGACAUGGCCUGGGCUCCGGACGCACCCACACUAGAGCACUACCGCCUUCUGAUCCUUGGGCAGAUACUAAACCAAGACACGAUUAGAAGCAUCGAAAACAUCAUGCUGUUUGCGCAGCCCCCGGACCCGGUGCAUAGAUCAGACAUCGAUGCAUGGUGGAAGGGCGAAGGUUUGGACAUCAUUCAGUACGAAAGUCUGGGCCACGUUGUUCUAGUAACAACCACGCCUUUGGCCAGAAGGUCAGCUUAUGUCAGGUGGCUGAGGCUCUCAGUUAACGCUCUCAACAAUCUGUUCGUACCCAUUGACCCCAAAAGACAAUGCUUACGCUGGAGUUCAAAGACAUGACUUUCAAUAAAGAUCCAAAGUUGCGUGUGAAGGCAAGACAGUCACACACCGUCUCACUUACACAAACUUUCGAUAACCGAGCACAACAUAACUCCUUCAGUAUUGAUCCUCUCCCCAACAUGCCUCGCGCGGCGACUACCCUUCAACGAGAAUGUCGACACAUCGCGUUAGGUAUCAGCAACGAAUGGCCCGAUCACAGGCUAGAAUUGACGCCCGCGAAGUCUUGUUGCCCCUUGGCCAACUGCUACCGCCAUGCUGCGCUGCAGGACCUUCUCCAUCUCCCACGAUUCCUGAAUUGGAUCCAAAAGCACAAGGGUAAGGGCGAAAUGAAUGCUGUUGUGCUUAUGUAUGAAAGGCUGCCGAGGGCGCCGGAUUUUGUGGUUGAGC